UAAUCGUCUGUUUUGUGCAGUAGUCAUGAUUCUCCAAUCCAAUCAAUCCUGAUUGUGUGCGCUCUCUCUCUAUCUAUCUACCCAGGUUCAGAAUAUACUGGCGGUACUAACGGUUUUUGUUUAGCAGUAAGCACCAGAGUUGAACGAAUACGCUAUGAUCCCGGUAACACGGCUUAACCCUACAUGUCUUCAGAACAUUAAAAUCAUUAAAAGAAAACUCCGAAGGAAAUUUAUACUGCUAUAACGUGCGCAAAACAAUGUAACAAUCUGUCUUUAGCUAAGAAAAACUGCGUUCCCGUCUCCACGAACACGUAGUGCGUAAAAUGUAACCAUGGUGCUGUGCAUUAAAUGAUUUUAACCGAGAUGUUAAGAUGUAAAAGAGCAGCAGACCGGAUGUCAAAGAAAAUCCACUGAAAUACCAUCAGAAGCACGGUGUUGUCCUCGCAGUCCAGCGGACUGCGCCAGGAAAUUCAAUGAGAGUAGGAGGUUCUGCCUUUCAGUAGCUUGAGGCGGUGUUUAAAGAAAGCAUCCCCUCCCUCUAAAAAUAAAAGGCAUUGCAAGUUAAGAUCGUUGAAUGAGUGGUAGAGAGAAGGAGAAGCAAACUCGAAACCAAAUACUAAAAGCCCAAAAUCAGAAUCAGAAAAACUGAUGCAGCCAAAAACGAAUCCCGACGUAAAUAUUACUGAGUGUAAGCAAAAACAAAAACAAAUUAAAAAACAAACAAAAACAAACAAAAGAAAAAUAUCAGAGAGAAAGAGAAAGAGAGGAACAUUAGUUUGCAAAAUGAGAGUAGGAAACACUAGAACUAUAUUGUACUGUAAUAUAAUGUCGAACCUUUGAACGUUUCAUGUUAAAGAAAGCAAAGAGAAAAGAAGCAACAAAAAGAAAACCCACAAAAACACACAUACACAGACACACUCCCAUACAAACCAGUGGCAGAGAGCAGGUAGGUGCGCACAGUCAGUAAGUGGCCCCCGGUUGACCCCGGUGUGUAGUAGUGAAGAUCCCCUGUUUUCGGAUAAUUUACACCACUCUGAGCUAAGCCAAUGAUACAAACCAUUCGAACAUGAGAUGGAGCGCUAAAGAGAUGUUAAAAAGGCGUUAAAAGAAUAGAGAAUGAGACCGAAAAGUUUAAGGCGGAUGCUGGUGCAGGCAGGAUUCAAAAAGCAAGUAGAAAAUGAAGUCUAGUAGCAGAAAAUUUAAUAGAAUUGCCUUUCUAUUUGUUGGUCCCCCGGUUGGGUUGGUUUGUUUGUUUGUUUAUUUCUUCAUUCUCACAAUGUCAGCAAAAAAGAUCACCGCGCCAUUGUGUGGUUUCUCUAUUGACUGACACCUACUAGUUUCAUUGUUGCCCAGCCAAUUGUUGUUAUUUGUCACGUUGCCUUCGCGACCCCGUUCCUCGUUUAUCAGUUAGACAUGCCACGAUCGGGAUCGAGGAGAGCUCUCUCCCGGGGAUCCUUACCCACGCACGUCUCUGGUAUAAGUUAGGUUCAUAAAUUAGGAUAAAAUCUAACACUAACACGGAUUACAUUGUGACCGACGGGAGGCGCAGGCGAGCAGUCGUAGGUGGGCGAAAGGAACGAGAAGAAAGCGAGAGAAAGCGAAAGAAAAAUAGAGAAAGAUAUGGAAGGAAACAAAAAAUGCAGAAAUAAAUUAUAUACAAAAAAAGGAAGAAAACACACACCGUUGCAGCGUCUUUUUGCGAUUUGCUGACACGAUGACCUUGCUCCGGUUCCU